GGCUUUAUCUAAAUGUCCUGCCAAGGAGUGUGCUUCGAAGCCUUGAUGAGCGCUGAGCAAUGGCACGAUAAUCCGAGCUGCGCCCUCCUUUGUAGUCCCAUACCGUCCUUCGACCUUGCUCCUUCAACAUCGAAGUCUUUGCACUACCAGUCGGUACGAUGGCCCUACCUCCCACUUACGAAGAGAUCCGCUACAUCGCCGAUAGGGCCGUCUCCAUAUUCAAUGAGAACGGAUACGACUGCUGCCUGUUUGGAAGCACAGCCUGUGCUCUAUACGGAGGGACGAGAUGCCCCAAUGAUGUGGACUUGAUUGUGCUCGCACCGCAUGCGAACAAUGAAUACCUGAAACAGCUGCUGGUGGACGAGGAUGAUCAGUUCUAUCUGGUACCCUCCAGGAGCCGCCGUGCAACCUACGAAGUGCUAUGGUACAGCUUACCAUCCACCCGGCGUGGCACGCAGCGCGGAUGCAAGGUCGACAUCCUCAUCCCGGGCAAUCUGAACAUCCCGGACAUUCCCAGCGAGCAGAUCAAGCGCAAGAAUUACCUGCCUGUCAUGCCGUUGCUGCCCCUGUUGCUCAUGAAGCUUCAGGGCUGGACGGAUCACCGCGAUUCGAACCGGGAGGAUUUCCAGGAGAAGCAGCACGUUGACGUAGAGGACAUCGACGAACUCUUGUCGAUCACCUGCAGUACGCGCACGCGCAUCAGCAGCAACAGCCUCAGCUGGCUCCCUGGUGAAUUUGUGCAAGACGGUCAGGAUCGUAUCCGCGAAUACGUGGAGGAGUUCCCGCAGUCAGCCCUGCAAUGGCAGACUCUCGGUUUUGAAGCAUACUAGGACAGAAACCUGAGUAGUCGAUCUCUAAACCUCAGUGCUCACGCUGGUUGCUCUGCGCUGAAGACUUCACGCCGUGGAGGUUCUCUUUAUUGCCAUUGAUGACGGGCAUCGGCAUUUUUGGGAUCGG